AGGAAAUAUAAAUAAAAGGCAACGUUUCAUGAAUGCAUUUUAAAAGAUGUCUCGCGGAGAGGCAAUGGCGACAAUUACAAAAACAUUAUCGUAGGGCGCUUGUGAACCGGGGAUUCAUGGGACGCGCCGCUAACCCGAAACGGAUCAUCAUCAGUUCCUUCAUCGCUUCUGUUAUUGAAACCACCAACUGCUUCUGAAAACCUGUUAUGUAAAACAACAGUACGACUUCUUAACUAAUAUAACAGGUUCAUUUAAAGAGGCGAAUUGCGUGUAUGACUUUAAAUUUCUUCGAGUGGAAAAAAUUGUAGGUCAGGAGCGUUUCAGCACUAUUUGUGAAUGAGCUAUUAAAGGAAGGAUUUUAACGUCGUAUUGAAUUGCAACACGGAUUUAACUUCAACAAGACCUUAAACGUCUACUAAUGAAAGCAACGUUUUUUUCCACAAAUAGGACUGAUUGCAUUCUUAUAUCGUCCACACCGAAUCACACUCCAUGUUUUUUUCUGCGAAAUGACACUAAUUAAAUGAGUACGCUAACUAAUAUUAGUUUAACUUGAUCCCGAAGAACUGCAAUAUCAUGAACAUUUCGGUAAUUAAAAACGGCAAAUUGUUUUGAUUUCUUUCUCGCUAUAUUAAGCAAUAGAGCAUCGUUAUUUAUACGGUUAUUUUAUCAUUGUAAGCAGAACACUCCGUUCUAGGCAAAAUAACGACAGUUUUAUGAUUUUCUUUUUUUGAUAAACUUGUAUGCUGUUUGUAGUAUAAAAACACGGCACCGCAUCUACGACUAAGUACUAAACGUGAAUCCUACACGUUUCUUUCUCGUAUUUGGAUGCGAACUCAUCAAGCUUCUGAAAUAGGUUCUGCACGGAGGGAAUUUCUGUGAAGCCCCUCCCCCGUCUCUCUCCUGAUUGGCUGCUGUACAAUGAACUCUGGCGCCACCCAGGAUGUGGCGGUGGAGCGCUUCCUGCAGGACAUCGAGAGGCGGGGCAGUCAGCUGCACUGCGCUGUGAUUGGAAAGGACAGGCCGGGCACCCACACUGACAUGAACCUGUUGUAUCGCAAGAGCCGGCUGGACUGGAGGAACGGCGACCCUGACAGCAACAAGAAAAGCUCAGGCAGUAAGGAGCCCCAGUGCACUGUGGGUAAAGUCCGUGACCUGGCCACCCUGCGACGUCACUUCCGGAUGGGCUUCAUGACCAUGCCCGUCUCUCAGGACCUAUCGCCAUGCCCAUCCGCCAUGGCACCGCGCUCACAGUCCUGCCACUCCGUGGGCUCUGAGGGGGCAGGUCUGGAGAACGGAGAGCACCCCCCCACUCCUGCUGCACCUCCCACUGCUGGGCGCCGACCGCCAGCCAAGCCCAAGCGCCACCCCAAUACCCGGCUCAGCUCCGCAGCUGACCCCCGCGGGAUCCCUCCAGAUACACCACCUCCUCUACCCCCCAGCAAGCCUCCAGCCAAGCAUUCCCACCUCAACAGGAAGAAUGUCAUGAGGAAGUCAGAAUCUGGGGACGUGUCCAACAGAAAGGUGCCUCCCGCCAAACCAAAACGCAGCCCCAACACCCAGCUCACCUUUGAGCCCCCGCCGGCCCGGGUGCCCCCCCCGGCCACCCCUCUGCCCCCCCCAUCCCAGGAGACCCAGGUGCAGGAGAUGGGCAGCGAAGAGCCAGUCUACAUCGAAAUGGUGGGCAAUGCCCUCUCCCCCUGCACUGCCACCAUUAGCUCCACGCCGGACUCGGACUCGGAGCAGAGCGAGGCUAUCUAUGAGGAGAUGAAGUACCCCCUUCCCGAGGAGGCAGAGAGCCUUAGACAAGACGGCCCACCGCCUCCCAGAUCUGAGAAACCCUGUCAUGCAUCAUCUUCUCGCUCCUCUGCUUCUUCGCUGUCUCACCCUGCCUCUUCUUCCUCCUCAUCCAAGCCCAAAACACCCAUCUCCAUCUCCCACUCCUCCCCCCUCCCUGCCUCUUCUCCCUCCACCCCCAUCCCCCAAACCCAGAGGGCGCCAACCCCCUACCUCCUCCCAGGAAGCAAGCCCCAGGUGGAAACAAGCAACAAGAUCCCCGCCCCAUUUCCCAACCUGCUUCAGCAUCGCCCGCCCCUGCUGGCGUUCCCCCAGCCUGCCGCUGCCUCUAGUGGCGUGGGCAUCGCGGCCAAACUGGGCACAACCGGCACCCAGAGCUCUUCCAGUUUAGCUUCAACUGGAAGCACGUCCUCCUCCAAGCUCCCUGUCCUACAGACCACAGCCAAAGACACCCAUCAGGACAAGCAGCAAGCCGAAUCGACGGACUCCCGCCUGGGUCACUCAUACUCUGGUCACUCCCACCCUGUUCCCGGCCUGAGGGCCCGGAGCCACUCCACUCCCUUGCCUCCAUCCUCCCACUAUGGAUUCCACCAGCACCACCACUCCAACCAUCACCCCUCACACUACCACCAGUACCGCAAGGCGGACCGCGAGCUAACCACAUCCCAUAGCAUGAAGCUGAACUCAAAGACCCAAAGCACCAGCCACCUCCCCAAGUCAGAGAAAAGGGAAGCCACCCACCACAAAAGCACCCCCAAUCCCACCCACGCCACCCCCUCUUCCCGCUCCCUCCUCUUCCGCUCCCACACCCCUCACAGUUUGCCUGCCUACACUCCCCCCCCGUCUGACAGCCCUCUGCUGUGGACCUACCCCUCCACGGGCCUAAGGAGACCCCCAGCCUAUGACAGCUUGCGUGGUGGCCAGCUGUCCUCUGACCCAGCCACUCCCCAGCAGGCCAAAACUGGGGGCGUGGCCAAGCAGUCAGAUACGGGGAGCCUUUUACGUGAUGGCAGCGUAGGCGGGACCACGGCAGACGAGGGCCCCUAUUGGACGAUGCAGAGGAAGAUGUCCUUCACUCAAAGCAGCAGAGAUGCAGAGAAGGAUGAAGGUAGUCGCAUUCGGAGCGAUAACAUGGAUACGCUCCUGCGAGGAAACGAGGACGAGCAGACGCAGCCCACCUCCGGCGAGGGAGCACCGAGCUCCGGCCUCCGCGCUCCGAGUCGGACCGGGCUGCCCCUGCCCUGUCAGACAUUCCCGUCCUGCCACCGCAAUGGAGAGCUGGGGCGACUGGGCCGUUCAGCCUCCACGUCAGGGGUAAGGCAGAGCAGUACCAACAUGCAGAGGCAAUUCAGCCUGCCCAGAGACACGCCCAAGGACACGCCCAGAGACACGCCCCGAGAGAUGAGUCACGCCCACUCUCCACCCACCCGCGCUCUGACCACAGCACACCAACAGCAGCAGCUGCAGCAGCAGGUUCAUCUCCACCUGCAGUACCAGCACUUGGCCCAGCUUGCGCAGUGCCAGCCUCCUGCCAGCGGGGGCGCUAUCUCUCAGGCCCAGAGCCAGAGAGACAGGAAGCUGCUUGAAGUGAUAGAACGGAAGCGCUGCUUGUGUAAGGAGAUCAAGGCCCAUAGGCGUCCGGAGAGAAGCCUGUGCAAGCAGGACAGCAUGCCCAUUCUGCCCAGCUGGAGAAGGACCCCGGAGCCCAGCAAGACGGGCACCUCCUCAUGCCAAAGGCAGCAGGCUGUGGUGUGGGACACUGCAAUAUAAAGGGCUUACGGGGAGUGGGUGGGAAGAACCACAGGAAGAGGUCGAUGGUCACAUGGUCUUACAUGAGGCAGAGGUGUGGUCAUUCUUAAGGUGUGGCUCUCCUUGGGGGUGUGGUUAACUACUGGGGGUGUGGCCAUUCAUUAGGGAUGUGGAUAUCUGAGAUGAUCAGGGGUUGUAGGCUGGACACAGCAUAUACCUCCACACACAAAUGUUCAUACUGCCCAUUAACUAACAGAGGUGCUGGAAGGCAAACAUUGAGGAGAGGAGAGAGAGAAGGAAGAGGUGGUGUGCAGGACACGACUCGGAUGGUGGGUGGAAGAUGUAGAAGAUACAGGCAGCCAGAGAAGGUACCAGGCAGCAUCUGCUUGCGUUCUGCUCGAUCUCCAGCGCAACUUUGUAUGUUCCUAUAACUUCUAAACUUUUUUCUUCUUUCUUGGAGAUGAUGUUCCUUGACAUGGUGGGCCCUAAAACCCAAAUAGAUCCUUCAGAAUAUUCUGCAGGACAAACAGGGCCCCUUAAAUUGCCCCCGGUGCCAAAUAUGGUCAUACACUGGACAGGUGUUCCCCCACCCCCUUUCAUAAACACCAGAGUUCCUAUGUCAGUUUAUUCAGAUCCGAUACGUGGCUGACAGCAGAAAAUUACACCUUAGGUACCGACUGUGCUUUGCUUUAUCCUGUGUUACUAAGUUUAUUUCUAUUCUCUGCACCCUCAGCUGAUGACUAUGGAGAGGACUAUGGAGAGGAUGGUGGUUUGUCAUAUAAUAGAAGGGUGUAUUUUGAGGAGCAUGACAAGGUUAGGAGGGGGAGCUAAAAGGAGCAUGACGGAUGCCAAAGAUACGGGGCACAGUGCACCUGUCGUGAAAUAUGGGAGUUUUCCAGCCUGCCGGCACAAGGGGAGCUUCCACCUACGGGGUCAAGCCGCAGAGACAAAGGAAAUGCACGAACAGUCCACCACUUAGCACGUAAUCGCCGUUAUCAGCAAGAGCGCAUCCCCGCGUGGGUGUACAGAUCCAAACGAUACCGUCGUACGAAGCACAAAACGUGUGGCGCAGAGCUGCGAAUGCGUCUCACGCCAAGAGACGUGCCUUAAGCGACAAAGACCCAGAACAUACAACUUAAAUGCAAGGAAGAAUGAGAACGUCUCUACGAUUCUAUUGACCAAAUGCCCUCGUCGAGAACAUGGCGAAGGCUGCGGGCUAGUUCACUUUGAAUCGAAGGAAUGAGGUCUUCCAGGUGUUCCGUGACUGGGUUUCAGUUCAGAUGUUUUUGUUUGAAAAACCGACUCUGUGGGAUAAAUGUCCCUGGAUCAAUCAUUAGAUGUAGGCUACUUAAUUGUCGCAUUCAGUUAGAGCAGAAUUUUGUGAGAGAAAGGACUGUUGUGAUAAAGGCACAGGAGAAGAUCAUUCUUAAAUACAAGGAAAGGCCCCGAGGCACCAUUUCCCAAAACGCAUUACAAUCACUGAUACAGGUUUAGUAUUACCCUGACUCACGCUAAAUAACUGGCAGACCACUCCUAUUUUCCCUGCAUGCACACCACCUCUCUGUUUAAAAUCUGUUGCUGCUGGCAUUAUUUUUUUUAUUCGUUUGUUUUUUUAUUUCUUUUUUAUUUGCUGCUAAGGUUGAACUUAUCCAUUUGAUCAAAAAACAAUGCAGAGUGUGAAAACAUUGUAAAUAUCGCUGUAACAACAGAUAUUUUCUUUUGUAAGGAGUUUGUACACACAGUAGAUGGAUGACUGUACGUUUUGGUACCGCUAUUCCUUCAUGAUUAUGAAUAACUGCUUUCUUCACUUGUUUCCUUAAAUGUCUCUGUUUUAGUUGUGCUUGUAAUAUAUAAUUUGUAAAAUGUUUUUCAAACUGAAAAUAUUUUAAAACCAUUUUUAAAAGAAUAAUUGAAUGCAUUAGUUAGCUAAACGGGCUUGUUUUCACAAGGAACUGACAGUUCGUUUUACUGAAUUUUACGCGUUUGGCUAUCUGGGUAUCACGGUGCUUUUGAAGUCCUUCUGAAGCAGUUUGGAAAUGAAGUUGACAUUCACAUUACUAAAAAAGAAGAAAUUUGGACAUUUUUUUUAUAAAAUACACAUAAAUAACAUUUCUAAAGUGAUGUCACCCACAAAAAUAUCACUCGCUUUUUAAAACAGAUUAUCCAAUAGAUUUUAGUUGUUUAUUGUAGAUUCACUUUCAUUCCUGUCCUUUGACGUGACUAUCUAAAGCAACUUACAAAUUUACUAAUUUGGCAUAUAUUUCACAGAAGCAAUUCAGAUUAUCUUGUGUUCUUCUGUGCACAUAUCUUUCUCUUUUUUGGGGGGGGGGGGGGAGUCCCAGUAUCCAAGGACUUCAACAAGCUGAGCCCUUAACCAUUACAUCAGCGAUUAAUUAAUUAAGAAACAGGAAAAGGGGUGGGCGCUGUAUGGCAGACCUGUAUAGUUUAUAUGGCGCACCCUGCUUUAUGGCCUUUGUUAAAAUUGCUGUAACUCCUGAUGUGAUGAGUGGUUAGCAAAAUGUAAUUUGAUUGGUGUGGGGUUGCUGUACCGUAUGAUACGUGAGACUCCCGGAGGUCCAAUGUCGCACUGAGGAUGUCUAGUACAGUCCUCUCCUUAAAGAUAUCCAAUUAUUGCACAGGUUAGGAGCAUUUACCUUAUCAAACCCUAACUUAGCUGAUUCUGCUGGGGCAUCAAAUGUGUGGAAUGGCUGGGCAGUCCUCUAGAGAGGACAUGCAGAGUUUACAGAAAUGACCUGUAGUCAUUACAGCCAUUCAAAAUACAGUCUAUUUGGGCGGGAGUUAAACUCCUUUUAAAACGGCAUGUUUAACCGCGGCUGUUUCCCUUUCGUGUGAAUCAAACCGUGACAGCCGCCAGAAACGCGAGUCGUAGAUAGACUCGCUUCCAGUUUCUAUAGCGUACACCUGAUGUUUUUGCUGUGCCAUUAUAACGCUGGACAGA